AUGUCAUUUCCAAAUUCAGAGAGUAUGUAUCGAUAUCCAGAACAAAUGCAACACGAUGACCUUUUAACUGAACAAGAUCAAAAGUUCAUUACAGAUUUUUUUAACACCCUUGCAACCGAAGAGCCACCAAGUCAUAUGAUGGAUUAUACAAACAACCACAAUGCUCCCCCAGCCUCUAAUCUUUCUUUUCAAGAUGUAGCACCUAUACCAGUAACUAGAAUGUAUCCAGGGAUAGGAAAUGGUGGUGUUGGUGGUAUUCCGGUUACAAGCAAUAAUGAUAAUGAUAAUAUUAAUAAUAGUAAUGAUAAUAACAAUACAAAUAAUAUAAAUGCAAAUGAUAUAAACACAAAUAAUAUAAACACAAUAAAUAGAAGACCAAGAUCACCUACACCCACUACAAAAUCAAAACAAUUUCCAAGACGUACAAUUUCUAAAAGACAAAUAUCGAAAAAUUCUAUUGAUAUGAAACCUGAUGAUAUAAGCAGUAAUAAUGACAACAACAAUAAUAAUACCAAUAACAACAGCGACAACAACAAUAAUAAUACUAAUAACAAUAACAACAAUAAUUCUAUAUCGUCAUCACAAUUAUCCUCUUCAACGAAACCUACAUCAACGACAUCAAUAUCAACCAAAUCCUCUUCCUCAGGUAAGAAAGGUCAUCAUGAAUUAUUAACAGAAGCAGAGAAGAAAGCAAAUCAUAUUGCUUCCGAACAAAAAAGAAGACAAAACAUUCGUUUGGGCUUUGAUCAGUUGGUUGAAAUUGUCCCAACACUUAGUCAAUGUCAUCGUAGUGAAGCACUAAUCUUACAAAAAUCUGUAGAAUAUAUUCAACAACUUUUGAUGCAAAAAAAUGAAUUAAAAGAUCGGGUCAAAUCUUUACAAGUAACAUUAGGAGAUCCACCAGAUCAUGUGGAUGAUUCUUCUUCUGAUGGUGAACUAGAUCUUAUAUUUUGA